AAUAGAAUAUUGUCUCAAACGAUCCAUUAUAAGGUUUUUGACUUUGUUCUGAGGAUCGUUUUCUCACCACUGCAGUUCGGACACCGAGAAGGAGCUCGAGAGGUUUAUUACAAACAUUCGGUUUAUUACACAUUGAGAGGUUUUAUGAACCUGAGAGAGAUGAAGAAGGUGAAAAAACGCCACCAGCUGAAUGAGAGCAGAACGGAAACACCUGGCAGGCUGGAAGAUCAUAUGUCCUGGAAGAAGCAGAAGCUUGCAGACAUCCAGAAGGCUCUGUACAGUGACCCAGUGGACAUUGAGACCCUGCGCACUGCAGCGGUCAGCAAGGGAGGCUUGUUGACUGACGAUGUGCGAAGAAAAGUUUGGCCCAAACUCCUCAGUGUCAAUGUGUUUGACCUUCCUGCAAAACCUGCCAAAAAUAUCAGAGAGAACCACAAAGACCACAACCAGGUGCUGCUUGAUGUCAGGCGAUCCGUGUCCCGAUUCCCAAAAGGGAUGCGAACUGCUGAGCGGCUGGUGCUGCAGGAGCAACUGAUUGACAUCAUCCUGGACAUUCUGAGGCGGAACCCUCAGCUGCACUACUACCAGGGCUACCACGAUAUUGCAAUCACCUUCCUGCUGGUGGUAGGAGAGCGCAUGGCCAUAGCAUUAGUCGAGAAGCUCUCCAAACAUCACCUCAGGGACUUUAUGGACCCCACCAUGGACAGUACCAAACACAUCCUGAAUUACCUGAUGCCCAUAAUAGAGCAGGUCAACCCCAAGCUACAUGACUUCAUGCUCAGAGCUGAGGUUGGUACCAUCUUCGCCCUCAGCUGGCUGAUCACAUGGUACGGUCACGUCCUCUCAGACUUCCGGCACAUCCUGCGGCUCUACGAUUUCUUCCUGGCUUCCCACCCGUUAAUGCCCAUUUACUUUGCUGCUGCGAUAGUGUUGUAUAGGGAGCAGGAGGUGAAGAGCUGUGAGUGUGACAUGGCCAGUGUUCAUCAACUGCUCUCUCGGAUUCCUCAGAACCUUCCAUACGAGCAGCUCAUCACUCGCACGCAAACCCUGUUCACCCGCUACCCCCCCACCCUGCUGUCCUCCUCCACCACACUGCAGUCCCACAACAGCAUUGCCAUCAGCUCCUUCAAAGACUUUCAGACAUCGACUCUACAGCAGCGGCCCGACUUCAUCCUGCGGCAGCAGCGGCAGCAUCUUCAACAACGCCAGGAUGCCCAUCUCGCCCUUGUACAACAGUCACCUUGGUACAAUAGCGCUCAGCCUGGCAGUGCACAGCAACUCAUCAGGAUGGCCGUGUGGGGCAUUUCAGCUACCCUCGGGGCGGCUGCGCUGGCCAUCACACAAACCGCCAUGAACUGGGCACCUGACUUUCUCCUGCAGCUGUUCUGACCUCGAAAGGGUGUGUGUGUGUCUCUACAGAAUACUUGGGCAUUUCAUGUUCUAAAUGUAGAGUAAAUUAUUAGUAAACCUG